GCUAUAGCCGGUUAGGGUUUGUGGGGAAGAUGGAGUAUUCCGCGUUGGGCACCGCGGAGGCUGCGGACAGCGGCGCGGCCCGGCCGUACAACAACUCGGAGGAGCGGGAGGGCCGGGAACCCGACGGGCUGCGCUUCGACCGCGAGAGGGCGCGCCGCCUCUGGGAAGCAGUGUCCGGGGCCCAACCAGUGGGGAGGGAGGAAGUGGAACACAUGAUCCAGAAGAACCAGUGUCUCUUCACCAGCACCCAGUGUAAGGUUUGCUGCGCCUUGCUAAUUUCUGAGUCCCAGAAGCUGGCACACUACCAGAGCAAAAAACAUGCCAACAAAGUGAAGAGAUACCUAGCAAUCCAUGGAAUGGAGACAUUAAAGGGGGACACGAAGAAGCUAGACUCAGAUCAGAAGAGCAGCAGAAGCAAAGACAAGAACCAGUGCUGCCCCAUCUGUAACAUGACCUUUUCCUCCCCUGUCGUGGCCCAGUCGCACUACCUGGGGAAGACCCACGCAAAGAACUUAAAGCUGAAGCAGCAAUCCACUAAGGUGGAAGCUCUGUCGAAACGCCUUACAAACCCUUUCCUUGUGGCCUCCACCUUAGCCUUGCACCAGAAUAGAGAGAUGAUAGACCCAGACAAGUUCUGCAGCCUCUGCCACGCGACUUUCAAUGACCCUGUCAUGGCUCAGCAACAUUAUAUGGGCAAGAAACACAGGAAACAGGAGACCAAGCUCAAACUUAUGGCACACUACGGGCGGCUGGCCGACCCUGCUGUCACUGACUCAUCAGCCGGGAAGGGCUACGCCUGCAAGACAUGUAAGAUAGUGCUGAACUCCAUAGAACAGUACCAAGCUCAUGUCAGCGGCUUCAAACACAAGAACCAGUCACCAAAAACAAUGGCAUCACCUCUGGGCCAGAUUCCCAUGCAAAGGCAACCCAUUCAUAAAGACUCAGCCACCUUGGAAAACUAGAGGUGUUUCUGUCCAGCACUCCAGGUUGAACCAGCCAUGAGCCAACUUUCUGUGACUAUGGUCAGCCCUUGGCUCCUUCUUCCUCCUUUCUUACACCUGGAGAAUACACAGGCCUGAGGCAGGAGUGGACCACAGAGAGCGUCUGAUUGGUCCAGGCAAAUCCACCCCUGCUCCUCCCCUUUUUGGAAUGGGCCCUGUAGGUCAGGAUGAGGGAAGCAGAGAUCUUGACAGGACUUGGGGUAUCCCAGAAUGGUAGUUUGGAGGACGGCCUUUCCCCUUCCCCAGCUCCUCUGGGCUAUAUGUCAUGAGGCCCCAGGCCUAUCUUUCCUUUGCAGGUCAGUUUUGGACCAGUCCCUGCAGCUGAAGAACUGAGCUCUCCCUGGGCUCUAGGUAUCUCCAGUGAAACCUGGAGCUUUCACGCCAGACCUUGGCCUAGGCAGGAAAGGGCAGAUGGAAGUGGCUGCCACAUGGAAACUUGGAGUUAAUAUGACACUCCCUCUCCCCCAAAAGAGUGCAAGCUUUCCUGAGCCUGGGAUCAGAUGCUGGCCAGUUGUACAGAUUUCUGCCGACUGUGAAGUCUCCUCCUAGAGCAAUGACACAGUCCUGGCAGAGCAUUGCUAUUCCUCUUACCCCCCAUUCUCCACAGUUCCUGAAUGGUGCUAAGAAUCUGCAGCAAGUGAGGACAAGCUAGCCGAAGGAGGCCUCAGUACCCAGUGGGAUGGGUACUGGAAACCUCCAAUAGAGGCCUUUCCCCUCCUCCAUCAGAGGUGCUCUGACACAGGGUCACGUGGGAAGGUCCCCACAUGCAAAUUUCCUUGAUGGUUUUGUACCCUUAAAAGGAAACUGCCUUGUGCCAGCCAGCUCAGAGGUUAAUUGCUGCCCUUCAGCCCUGCUAGCCCUCUCCUUCCCCUUGUGCAGCAGACCAUCUGCCCAGGUUGCUGUGGUGCUAGUCCUCCCCCAUCAUCCCCCAGGAGAUUCUGGGGACCGAGGAGCAGGAUGGGCCCCUAAGGGAAGAAAAGAGCUGGUGUAAGUUUCUGCAGUGAGGAAACAGACUUUUCCCUGACCCCACACCUAGAUUUCUCUAACACUGCUGUGUUUUAUGGCCUGGCACUUCACUGGGAGUGGACUUUACCUUGUAGCUUUCAAACAGGAAUUCCAGGGAGAGUUACCAUCUGAGGUCCCUCUUCACUGGGUCAAAGAAGCCUGCAGCUGCUCUCGUGAUCUCCUCCCCACACUUCCUGUCCCUUCGCCUGUAAAUGCCUUUAUGUAUCGUGUAUGUGUGUGUGGGGGGUGCUUAUGCUCUAUCUCUUGGUCACUGAAGCAUCUAAAUAAACAAUUUCUCCAAUGAGCCAGACUGCAACUUAACAGACCUGGGAUUUGGAUCUAGUAUGUGUGCCUUUACCUUUACCCUCACCCUGCUCAGACUUCCCAGCACCCUAAAUACUGAUUUGAAGACUUGGGACGGAGACAGGCAUCCAGUUGCUUGGCAGCUCUGUAGAAAACUUGCAGAUGCCCUAAAUUCAAUACAAGCUCACCUGCUCAUCCACCUCCCCCCUGUCCUGGAGGGCCUCACAGAGGUCUUUAGAAGGUUUCAGCUGGGAGUCUACUUUGUUCGAGAUGCUCAUGUGGCUGCUGUGUGGAGAAGGAAUGCAGGGGAGCAGGAAAGGAGACAGACAUACAGGGAGGCCAGAAUGGCAGCUGUAUCCAGGAUGGCUCUCUCCAGGCUAACUCCUUCAGGGCAGAGACCUAGCCUCAUUCAUCUCCAUUCCUCUAAUGUACAGAGUGGUGUGUCACAUAGUUUGUUGAAUGAAAGAAUGAAUGAGGAUGCAUAAGAAGAGAUGGCCUUUUCCCACUCAGCUAAUACACAACAGUAGGUUUGUUCCAUGGGACUUAUCAUAGCCCUGGUGAUUCUUGGAAGAACCUUUUCCAUGACCCAGAAAUGAGCUGGGAAAGGAGUGCAUGUGAUGGAAUCAGAAGCCCUUUGUACAACGUUUGUUCCAGACAGCCAAAUUUGAGGAAGGUGCCCAGGCAGCCUCAGCUCCCAUCCUUCACUCAGCAAGCCGUUCUUGGGCACCUGCUCUUCGCCAGCUGGGAAAGACCCUACACAGCUCUCAGCUUCUAAAGCCUAGACUGCCUUAGCAAUUUCCCGAGAGUCCUUCUACCCCACCCAAGAUGUCACAAUCAGCCCCGUCUA